GGAUUCCCAGCCUCCCAGGGCCACCGCCCAAGGGUCUGAGGGAGGCAGCAGAGAACGCCCGCGCUCGGCCAACUGAUGUGGAAUUAAUAAAGCAACGGCAGCUGGCAUUUACUGGAUAUUUGCUAUGAGCCAAACACUAUGCCCACCAUUUUCUCAUUUGAACUCUUCUUAGUAGUCUUUGAAGCAGGUGUUAUUUUUCCACUUCACAAAUGAGGAAACUGAGGUUGGGAGUCUGAGCAACUUGUCCAAGCACACACGUGUUGAUUGAAGAGAGCUGACCCAGCACAGCUCCCAACAUUUUACAUCUUAAAAAAUGUGGAGCGAGCGCCCCCGUUGGACGGGUUUGGAACUUAAAUAAUCAAGGCUUCAGAGGCCCUCUCAUUUCCCACUGCCUGGCCAACGCUUGCAUCCUUCUCUGUAUUUUGAAGAAGAAUGGUGUCCAUGGCCACAUAGGUCAAAAGUCAAAGCACAGAGCUUUCCUCCCGAUGGCCAGGAGCCUUGGCAGAAGGUGCCUUAAGGCCUGAGAACCAGAGACUGUGGCCUGAGAAAGUCUGUUCUCCAGUAACUGCAGCUGAUCUGCCUCAGCCAGCAACAAGCACCAUGAAAUUGGAAUUCACUGAGAAAAACUACAACAGCUUCAUGCUGCAGAACCUGAACAAACAGAGGAAACGCAAAGAGUACUGGGACAUGGCCCUGACUGUGGACCACCAUGCCUUCUUUGCUCAUCGCAACGUGCUGGCUGCCGUCUCUCCGCUGGUGAAGAGCCUCGUCUCCAGCAACGACCUGAAGACCACCGAUGAGCUCUUCAUCACCAUUGACCCCAAUUACCUGAGCCCAACCACAGUGGACCAGCUCCUGGACUACUUCUACAGUGGUAAGGUGGUGAUCUCAGAGCAGAAUGUGGAGGAGCUCCUUCGUGGGGCUCAGUAUUUCAACACACCCCGCCUCCGAAUCCACUGCAAUGACUUCCUGAUUAAGUCCAUUCGCCGUGCCAACUGCUUGCGCUACCUCUUCUUAGCUGAGUUGUUUGAGCUCAAAGAGGUGUCAGACUUGGCUUACUCGGGCAUUCGCGACAAUUUCCACUACUGGGCCAGUCCUGAGGGCUCCAUGCACUUCAUGCGCUGUCCACCUGUCAUCUUCGGCCGCCUGCUCCGGGAUGAGAACUUGCACGUGCUCAACGAGGACCAGGCUCUCAGUGCACUCAUCAGUUGGGUGUACUUCCGGAAGGAUGAGCGGGAGAAGUACUUCAAGAAGUUCUUCAAUUACAUCAAUUUGAAUGCUGUCUCCAACAAGACGCUGAUGUUUGCCAGCAACAAGCUGAUGGGGAUGGAGAACAGCUCGUCGCACGCCACCCUGAUUGAGAGUGUCCUGAUGGAUCGCAAGCAGGAGCGGCCGACCAGCUUGCUGGGCUACCAGCGAAAGGGAGCCCUGCUGGAUUCGGUGGUCAUCCUAGGUGGCCAGAAGGCCCACGGCAAGUUCAACGAUGGAGUGUUUGCGUAUAUCAUCCAGGAGAAUCUGUGGCUGAAGCUCUCAGAGAUGCCCUACCGUGCAGCAGCACUCAGUGCCACCGCUGCUGGUCGCUACAUCUACAUCUCGGGGGGCACCACAGAACAGAUUUCAGGGCUGAAGACAGCUUGGCGGUAUGACAUGGAUGACAACUCCUGGACCAAGUUGCCUGACCUGCCGAUUGGGCUUGUUUUCCACACCAUGGUGACCUGCGGAGGGACAGUGUACUCAGUCGGGGGGAGCAUCGCCCCAAGACGGUAUGUCUCCAACAUCUACCGCUAUGAUGAGCGCAAGGAGGCCUGGUGCCUGGCGGGGAAGAUGAGCAUCCCCAUGGACGGCACAGCCGUGAUUACCAAGGGUGACCGGAACCUGUACAUUGUCACUGGGCGGUGCUUGGUGAAGGGCUACAUCUCCCGGGUCGGGGUGGUGGACUGCUUUGACACCACCACUGGGGAUGUGGUCCAGUGUAUCACCUUCCCUAUUGAGUUCAACCACCGCCCCCUGCUCUCGUUCCAUGAGGACAACAUCCUCUGCAUAUGCAGCCACCGGCAGAGUGUGGAGAUCAAUCUGCAAAAGAUAAAGGCCAACAAGACGACCACCUCAGUGCCUCUUUUGCCCAAUAACUGUCCCUUAGAUGUGUCUCAUGCUAUAUGCUCCAUUGGUGACAACAGGGUGUUUGUAUGUGGGGGUGUCACCACAGCCAGUGAUGUCCAGACCAAGGACUACACCAUCAACCCAAAUGCCUACUUGCUGGACCAAAAGACAGGCGAGUGGAAGACCCUGGCCCCCCCGCCAGAGGCGCUGGACUGUCCUGCCUGCUGUCUAGCCAAGCUGCCUUGCAAGAUUCUUCAAAGGAUUUAAACAACUUUUUAAUUGGGAGAAUAAGUAAAUGCAUUAUUAUUCAUAAUUUAAUGAGAGCAAGAGA